AUGGACGUCACGAUUCAUACUGCUGCGAAUGGCUCAGUCAUCGACAUCGAAUACUAUCAGUAUGAGCCUUCAGCAGGCGCAGCAUGGACAUUCGUGGUACUCUUUGGGCUCGCUACUGUUUUCCAUGUUGUUUUGUUGUUUAUCAUUCGCGCCUGGUACUUCAUUCCUCUCAUUAUCGGAGGCGUAUGUGAUCCAGGUGAAACCUUUGGAUAUUUCGGACGGGCUUGGUCGCAUCGUGAACCAAACUCGAUCAAACCAUGGGUCACGCAAGAACUCCUCAUCCUCUGCGCUCCUCCUCUCGUAGCCGCAACUGUUUACAUGAUCUUGAGCCGACUUGUGCGCGCUCUCCAAGCCGAACCCCAUUCUAUGAUCCGACCUGCACGAAUUACGUUCAUAUUUGUCUUUAACGAUGUCGUUACAUUACUUACACAAAUUGCCGGCGCAGGCGUCCAAGUCACCGGAGAUCAACACGUUAUGAACAUCGGGAAAAAAGCGGUGAUAGCUGGACUGAUGAUCGGCAUAUUUGUCUUUGCCCUCUUCAUCUUGCUGACGAGCAAGGUUCAUGUCCGGUUGAAAAAGCAUUCUACACCCGUCCUGAAGCAGAAUCCGCAUUUACGAUGGAAGCGAUACAUGUGGAUGCUGUACAUUGUAAGUGUCGCGAUCAUGGCCCGAAAUGUGGUUCGAAUUGUCCAUUUCGCAGAGGGCAGUGAAGGUUGGGUUUCGAGACAUGAGGCAAUGAUCUAUGUAUUCGAUGCGUUCUUGAUGUUCCUGGUCCUGGCAGUUCUAAUUGUUCUUCACCCUCAAGUCAUAAUUAGGAGGACUCGUCGUUUAGCUGAAGAAGUGGAGCGGUAGGAAUUCUCUGGCGAUACAGCCGCGUUGGGUGUCGUCGAGGCGGACAACAUACCCCUCACAGAGAAUGAGAGUCAGGG